GCAUCAGUCGUGCUAAUUUUCCUGAUUUUGUUCACUUUGUUUUCUGUGCUAAUCUUUCAUUUCCAUUCGAAGGAGUAACAUCGUUAAUCGAAGCAGAAACAAAGUCGCUGCAAAAGGCAUUUUUGAAUAUGUCCGACAAGGCGCAGUACGUCCUACCCAACACCCAACCGAUCGUCGAGCUUGAAUGUGCCACCGCUUUCAACAAUCUCACGGAGAAAGAGAAGCAAUAUGCCCACUUCUUCAGCAAGGCAUCAUGGACUGGCGGAUUGGUUGCAUUGGUUCAAUCAAGUCCCGAAUCGCCCCUCAUUUUUUCCCUGUUGCACCGGAUCUUCCUAGCUGAGUCAGUGGAGACAUUGAAAGAAUCUGCCGUUUCUGCUGGCGUGGCAGAAGAUGAGUUUACGGCAUUCUUGGUAUACACCUGCGGGUUCCUGGCGAACGCCGGUAACUACAAAGGAAUGGGUGACAGUAAAAUCGUCCCGAACCUCGAUGAAGAUAAGUUCGAGUUGAUCGUCAAGCACUCCGCUGCUUAUAAGGCAAACAACGAGUUGGUUGGUUCGCUGUGGGAACGGACAAAGGUUCCCAUCUUCCUGCUUACGGAGCGUACGAAAACGCUCGGGCUUUGUGACGCCGGCGUAACGACAUAUUUUUCAAGCAAUGUAACGCGUGAAGAUACGGAGCUCAUUAGCGAAUGGAUGAAGGAGCAAAAGUUCGAGGCGUACAUUUGCCGUACGUUCAAAACGGAAGAGAAUGGCAAGACGGUUUACGACAUCAAGCUGGCUUCGAGCGAGGAAGGUGACAAGAAGGGCUUGACGCGUGAACCGGAAGAGUAUAAGGGAUGCAUUUUUAAAAUCACACGGGGGGACUACAAGGAACUGAUGCAACUGGUUGCUGAUGCGCUGGAGGAAGCCAAAAAGCACUGCGCCAACGAGAACCAAGAGCACAUGAUCGAGGCAUACGUUGAAAGCUUCCGCCAGGGCAGUCUAGAUGCGCACAAAACAGGAUCGCGAUACUGGAUCAAGGAUAAGGGACCGGUUAUUGAGACGUACAUUGGAUUCAUCGAAACGUACCGAGAUCCCGUUGGGCAGCGUGGAGAAUUCGAAGGUUUUGUAGCUAUGGUAAACAAGGAGAUGUCGGCCAAGUUUGGGACGCUUGUGACGAACGCGGAAAGUUUCAUCAAACUGCUACCGUGGGGUGAGGAUUACGAGAAAGAUUCUUACCUCAAGCCGGACUUUACGUCCCUAGAUAUACUUACGUUUGCCGGAUCGGGCGUACCAUGUGGUAUCAACAUUCCCAACUAUGAUGAGAUUCGUCAGGAUGAAGGCUUUAAAAAUGUAUCCCUCGGCAAUGUGCUUGCAAAUACGAACAAAACCGAUGCGAUUCCCUUCCUAACGGAAGAGGAUCAAGCCUUGAUGAAGAAGUACAAGGCGGCAGCGUUCGAGGUUCAGGUCGGUCUUCACGAGCUGCUCGGUCAUGGAAGCGGAAAACUGUUGCGCAUCAACGAGGCGGGCGAGUACAAUUUUGAUUUGAAAAAGCUGACGAAUCCGCUAACCGGCGAACCAGUUGACUGUUGGUACGAACCGGGAGAAACAUAUGAUUCGAAGUUCAAAUCGCUCGGUUCCUCGUACGAAGAGUGCCGUGCCGAAGCGGUCGGACUGUAUCUCUGCCUGAAUCGUGACGUACUGAAGAUCUUCGGCCAUACGGAUGAACAGGAGAUUGAGAACAUUAUCUACGUCAACUGGUUGCUACUUGUUUGGGGUGGCGUUGGAGUGGCGAUGGAACUGUACAAUCCGGCCCAGAAAGCUUGGCUACAGGCCCACUAUCAGGCCCGUUUUGUCAUCAUGAAGGUAUUGCUAGAAGCCGGCGAGGGUUUGGUCAACGUGCAGGAGACUGAGGAAGGCAAGAAUCUGUUGCUCAAGUUCGACCGCAGCAAGAUCGAAACUGUCGGAAAGGAGGCCAUCCGCAAGUUUCUGCUGAAGCUGCAGUUCUACAAAUCGACCGGAAAUAUAAAGGCGGCCACCGAUAUGUACAACCACUACUCGGAAGUGUCGGAAGGUGGUUCGCACCCGUGGGCCAAGUGGAGGGACAUUGUGCUGCUCCAUAAGAAACCACGAUUGAUCUUCCUACAGGCGAACACGGAAGUGGAAUCGGAUUCAGGCAACGUUAAGUUGAAAACAUACGAAGCCAACUUCUCCGGAUACAUUCAGUCGUGGGUCGAACGCUUCACGGACGUGAAAGUCGACGAGGUGCUGGAGCGUAUCUACGAAGCGGAUAAGCAUUACUAUGAAGGUUUAUACUAAUAUUUUACCACCGACCCGGAGUCGAGAAUACACUUCCAACGGAGGAUUCGUGGAAUAUCAAUAAAAUAAUACCAUGUUGCUUUGGAACAAAAUAUA